GUUUACUUUGAAUCGCGUAGGAUUCAUAAAUGAAAGGUUUGAGAGGCCCUAGACGUCAAAAUCAUCAAAUCAUAAUUUUCGUAUUUCUCGGAACAUUUGUAAGGUACAAAGUACCUUAUUUUGGUAGUAUCUUCUGAUGAUGCAGCGGUAGUAUAUUGAGGCCUACUGUUUUUUGGUAAACACCAGGCCUAAUAAUGGCUGAUGAGCCAAUUCUGGGGCUCUUCGAUGGAGAGACUAAUUUUCUAGAUGAGUUAGCUGCUACAGGCUCCAAUGACCUUGGUCCAACCACUGGUAUGGGAGGUGGCAGUUUGAUGGGAGGUUCUAAUUCUGGGAUGCCUGGGACACAACACCUGCAGCAAAGUGGACAGUCACAACAAGGUAUGAUGAUUGGUAGCCAAGGUCUAGCUUCUAACAUGUCUGGCAAUUAUGCUUCUAAUAUGGGGCAAGAUGUUUCUGGGUAUAACUUGCAAUGCUCACAGCCUAACUUGAUGACACAUCAGCAGUAUGGGGGAGAUCAGUAUGUCCAGUUCUCAAACCCUAUGCCCAAGAUUGGUCACAGUCAAGGUAUCAUGAUGGGAAGUCAGCAGCAGCAAGGCCCCUUCAGCCCAAACUUGCCUGGUGGAAUGAUACAACAGCAAGCUGGAUACACUGGAUAUAAUAUUGGUCCACAUAGUCAUGCUCAGCAACAACCCAUUCCACAAAUGACCCCAAUGAUGUCUCCUAAUUCAGGUUGGAACCAGUCUCAACCCAGCCCCAAUCAGCAAACACAGUCGCAUCCCCUCUCCCAAUUUAUGGCUCCCAAUGCCCCACAAACUCAGAUGUCCCCCUAUAUAAAUCAAGGCUUCCAUUCUCAACAAAUGUCUCAAAUAAAUCAGUACAACCCCAAUAAUAAAAUGGCAGCUUCAAAUUCCUCGUAUAUCAUCCAGUCUAACCCUAUGCAGGGAGGAAUGGCUAGUUCCCAAGGCAACAUGAAUAUGAUGGGAUCUAUAUCAGUAAGAGCUUCUCACCCAAAUUACCCUUCACACCAAGUAUCUCCAGCAUCUCAGCAUAGCACCAUGAUGCAAGGAAAUUACAACUCUCCAAUGAAUCAAGUCAUAUCUGGCCCUGUUACAUCACAGUACUCUGGAGACAUAAUGCCAACCCAUGUGCCUAACCAAAUGAACUCUAGCAAUAUGGGCCAGCAUUAUCCUCAGUAUACUAGCAAUCAACAAUUAAGGCCAGAAGGAGGAGGUGCCUUGUCUCAUUACACCAAUCAGAAUGCAGCACCUAGUUAUGGCCCACCUUAUCAGACAAUAUCCCAGCCCCGCCCAAACAGUUCAACACCUUCUCCUAGACCAACCCCCCCUCCUCAGUCAAUGACACCCAACCACAACAGCAGCACUCAGGGAAACUAUGGGCAGACAAGUCUGCAACAGCUGGAGCAGCUUGUUUCUCCCAACCUAGCAGGAACCAACCCCUAUCAACAGCUGAUGCAGCCUAAUUCCUCCUCUCCAACUGGCAAUUCCAACAUGCAAUGUGCAAGCCAACAAGGGCCCAUUUACAGCUCUACCAAUUUCCCUACCACAACAGUGUGCUCAACAGUCACAAUGCCUCAAGGAGGAAAUGUACAGUCUGUUGCUGGCCCACAAAUUCAAAUGAAUAUUCAAGGACAAAUUCCUAUGCAGAAUUCAAACAACUUAGGGAACUACCAAGGCCAGAAUCCCAUGAUGCAAAAUGCUGCUGGGCCAUUGAGCCCCAAUCAAUCCAUGCUACCCCAAAAUCAAAUGGCUUUGGAAAUUCAGAGACUUGAACAGCAGAUGCAGCAACUGGUGUCAAUGCCUCAUACUCAGCAACAGAUGCUGGAGGUUCAGGAACGGCUAAGAUUGUGUCGCUCUCAAUACCAAAUGCAUAUGCAGCCCCAACAGCAUCACCAGCCAAUCCAACCAUCCCGCAUGCCAGGUGGAAAGAUAAUCCCACAGCACAUAACACAAAUAAUUCCCCAACCUCAGCAACAAAUAGGGCAGGUGCCACAAAUACAAAUCAGACCUAUUAGAGGAGCUACAUCAAACAUACAGCCAUCAAGCAUGAAUUCUCAGCCAAUUCUCCAGCAGAAAGUUCCUAGUCAGUUAACUGGACCAGUCAGCAAUAGAUCUGUUCCUUCUCCUCAGAAAGUUCAACCAUUUCAAAGCCCGAGUUCAACGAGCCAGAUGGACUCAAGCCAGCAAAAGCCCAUCUCCAAGGCUUCGUUGGUGAGCAUCCAGCCUGCUGACUCCUUGACUGUGGACUCUGGACCCUCCUUCCCAGAUAGCCUUCAGAUGAGUCCGGAAGAGUUCCAUAUUCCUUUACUGGAUCAGCUGACUGACCAGGAGUUAUCAUCCACACAAGACCAGGACAAUGGGAACAAAAUUAUCAUGGACAUUGCAAGAUCACAAAUGUCAGGAGGACAUGUAAUAGUUUCCUCAGACUCCAUGCCCACCACUAUCACAGAGAUAGCUGAGGCACAGGAGGGUCAGGGCGAAAAGCCAAAGCGUAAAAGAAUCAGGAAACCAAAGGCAGAGAAGCCUUCUGAGCCAGGCAUAGAAGGAGAAACAGAGACGCUCUCAAAAACGAAAAAAGAACGCAAACCCAGGGAGCCUAAGGAACCUAAACUUCCCAAAGAGCCCAAACCACCUAAAGAGCCUAAGCCCCCAAGAGAGCCAAGACCUAAAAAACCCAGGGUUCCCAAAGAGCCCAAACCACCUAAAGAGCCUAAGCCAAGGACGCCUCGUGUCCGAAAGAAGAAAGCAAAAGAAGAUAUUAUUACUGAUGUGUCUGUAACAGAGGGUGACUCAACAAUUGUAACCAGUGACACCUCCUCCAUUGCAGGCCCUGAUACUUCCAUAGAUGUCACCAAUGUGUCUGCUGUGUCUGUCACUGAUCAGGCCUGCAUGACUAUCCUUGAUGAACCUCCUGAUGGUUUGAUAGAAAAGCCAAAAACUGUUAAAACCAAGAAGCCCAGAGCUCCCAAAACAUUAAAACUGAAAACACCAAAGAAGAAAAAGCCCCCAGCAACACUUCUUCUGCGGAGCAAGAAAAGAAAAAGGAAUAAUUCAGGCUCAGAUGUUGAAUUAAACUUGGGUGAAGGGGAGACAAGUUUAGAUAUGGAUUCUAACACUGAGAAAAGGCGUUCUUCCAGGAACACAAAACGCACUAAAUAUAUUGAUGAUAUAGACUUGAACUUAUCAGAUGAUGAUAAGAAUGAUGAUGAUGCACUUGGUGAUGCACCAGUGACAAUGAAAAAGAAUACAGAAGAGGAUACUUUGAUAGUAGACAAAGUGCUUGGUGAGCGCAUAAGAAGGGCAGACAGUGAUGCAGAGAAAUCUGCUAGUGAAGAGCCAAAGAAGGAAGGUGAAGAGAACAAAGAGAGUGAGAAUUCUGUGAAGAAACAAGAGACUGGUGUGGAAGAGUUUUAUGUCAAGUAUAAAAAUUAUUCUUACCUGCACUGUGAAUGGAGGACUCUUGAAGAGUUAGAGCGUGGUGAUAAACGAGUAUUGUCCAAAAUUAAGAGGUACAGAAUGAAGAAAGCUCAAAGCUACUUUGAGGAGGAUGAUGAAGAGCUGUUCAACCCUGACUAUGUUGAGGUGGACAGAGUGCUGGACAUGAUGGUCUCUAAAGAUCCAGAAACUAAUGAGGAAAUCAAACACUACCUGGUGAAAUGGAGGGCGCUCGCAUAUGAGGAGGCCACUUGGGAGCUCUCUCAGGAUGUUGAUCCAACCAAGGUUGACAUGUUCUUGAAAUUCAGAGAGCCACCUCCUGAGGACCAGCGAAAAGUUUUUGCGAGGCCGAGACCUGGUCAGUGGCGCAAGUUGGAAACGACACCAGAGUACAAAAAUGAGAACACACUUAGAGAGUACCAGCUGGAAGGAGUCAACUGGUUGACCUUUUGCUACUACAAUGGUCAGAACUGUAUUCUCGCUGAUGAGAUGGGGCUAGGAAAGACUAUUCAGAGUAUUACAUUCCUUAAUGAGAUAUAUAAGUAUGGCAUCAAAGGCCCAUUUCUGGUCAUUGUUCCCUUGUCUACCGUGGGUAAUUGGCAGCGUGAGUUUGAGACUUGGACAGAUAUGAAUGUUGUGGUAUUCCAUGGCACCUCCAUUAGCAGAAACAUGAUUAAGGAAUAUGAACUGUUUUACAAAGAUGAGAAUGGCCAGCGAAUACCAGACAUUUACAAGUUUGAAGCCUUGAUCACAACAUUUGAGAUUAUACUGACAGACUUUGACCUAUUGGCUGACAUUGAGUGGCGGUGUGCUGUCAUUGAUGAGGCUCACAGGCUCAAAAACAAGAACUGUAGACUUCUAGAAGGCCUGAGACUGUUUGACCUGGAGCACAGAGUAUUAUUAACUGGAACACCACUCCAGAAUAACACAGAGGAGUUGUACAGUCUUCUGAAUUUCUUAAGUCCAAAUAAAUUUAACAGUUCUGAGAGUUUUGUGAAAGAGUUUGGAGAUCUAAAGACAGAGGAACAAGUUGACUCUCUUAAAGAGAUCUUGAAACCUAUGAUGUUGAGACGUCUGAAAGAGGAUGUGGAGAAGAACUUGGCACCCAAAGAAGAGACUAUCAUAGAAGUGGAGCUAACAAAUAUCCAGAAGAAAUACUACCGUGCAAUUUUGGAACGUAAUUUUCAGUUCUUAGCCAAGGGCGCCUCCAGUGUUCCUAGCUUGAUGAAUACAAUGAUGGAGCUGAGGAAAUGUUGCAAUCAUCCAUAUUUAAUUAAUGGUGCUGAAGAUAAGAUUCUGGAUGAAGCCAGGGAAAAGAAGUCUGAUGACCCAGACCUGAUGUUAAAUGCUAUGAUCCAGUCCAGUGGUAAAAUGGUGCUGAUGGACAAGUUGCUACCCAGGCUGAAGAGUUCUGGCCACAAAGUGUUGAUUUUCUCACAGAUGAUAAGAGUGCUAGACAUUAUUGAAGACUAUUUAAUGCAGAAAAAAUAUUUAUAUGAACGUCUGGAUGGAAGAAUUCGUGGUACAGUCCGGCAGGAAGCCAUUGAUCGUUUCUCAAAGCCAGACUCUGAUCGUUUUGCUUUCUUGCUGUGUACUCGAGCUGGUGGUCUUGGAAUAAAUCUGACUGCGGCUGACACAGUUGUUAUUUAUGAUUCUGACUGGAACCCUCAGAAUGAUUUGCAGGCCCAAGCACGCUGUCACAGAAUAGGUCAGAGUAAAGCAGUCAAAGUGUAUCGCUUGAUUACUAGGAAUUCCUAUGAGAGAGAAAUGUUUGACAAGGCAUCUCUCAAGCUAGGACUUGAUAAGGCUGUGUUGCAGUCUAUGGGAGGAGAGAAGAAUGUCAAUACUUCAACUCAGCUAACAAAGAAAGAAAUAGAAGACCUUUUGAAGAAAGGAGCAUAUGGAGCAUUGAUGGAAGAUGACAACACUGGGGAUACUUUCUGUGAAGAGGACAUUGAUCAAAUCUUACAGAGGAGAACAAAAGUUAUUCAGAUUGAAUCUGAGGGCAAGGGAUCUACUUUUGCUAAGGCCAGCUUUACAAUGUCAGAAAAUAGAACAGACAUUGAUAUCAAUGAUCCAAACUUUUGGCAGAAGUGGGCCAAGAAAGCAGACAUAGACACAGAGUUGCAUAAUAAAAAGAGUGAAUUAAUUAUUGCGGAACCACGCCAACGUAGACAGACCAAUCGUUAUGGAAAUGAUGAAGGAGCCCUUGAAAUCAGUGACUUGGACUCUUCUUCUGGCAGUGAAGAUGAUAAAGGAAACAGAUCUUUCAAAAAGAUGCGUAAAACACGCAGUCAAAGGAGAAACCAGGAUGAGGAUUUAGAUUAUGCCAAUGAGACAGCUGGAGAAAAAUAUGACAGAUCUGAGUGCUUCAAAGUGGAGAAAUUAUUGCUGGUUUAUGGAUGGGGCAGAUGGUCAGACCUAAUCAAACAUGCUCACUUCAAGAGAAAGUUAACAGAAGAUGAUGUGAUUAUGAUUGCUAGAGCAAUACUGGCCCAUUCCCUCAAAUUUUACAAAGGAGAUGAAAAAAUCAAAAACUUUAUUUGGGACUUGAUCUCCAAAGAAAAAGAAGGGGAGCUAAAAAACCAUUCAGGUCUGUCUGCGCCUGUUCCCCGUGGACGUAAAGGAAAGAAACGAAAGGAUAAUAUAAGUUUUAUAGAGGAUCAAGAAAGACCAUUGGACUUUGAUCCUGAGAUGGUUUUAGACAAUGGCUACAAAAGACAUUUGCAUAGGCAUUCCAACAAGGUAUUAUUGAGGGUGAGACUUCUGUAUUACAUAAAGCAAGAAUUAAUCGGUGAAGAAGCUGAAAAAGUUUUUCAGAAUGUUCCGCACACGGAGAUCAACAUUCCACAGCCCAUCCUUGAAGGAGAGGUGCCAGUUCCUUGGUGGGAUGAAGAAGCUGAUAAGUCUUUGAUUAUUGGAGUCUUCAAGUAUGGCUAUGAAAAGUAUAACUGUAUACGCUCUGAUGGUGCUUUAUGUUUCCUGUCCAAAUGUGGGCCGCCUGAUGGUGCAGCAUUGUUGGCUGAGCAAGAAGAUGACAAAGAUGAUGAUGAGAAGGAAGAUGAAAUGGCAAAAGAUGAACUGGAUGAUGAGGAAAAUUCUCAAAGCUCAGCCAAUGACAACAAAGCUACCUGUGAUAAUAAAUCCUCCGACAAAGACAAGAACUCACCUGAGAAUAAACCUGAAAAAGUUCUUGAAGCUUCCACAGAAACUCCAAGUACCCAGGCUGGCUCUAACACAGUAGAAGAAGGGGAUAAGCUUCUGUUCCCAGAUGCUUCCAGUCUAAAUGUGCGUUUAAGAAAAUGUAUCACAAAUUACCAAAGGCACCACAAGAAGCGGAUGCUGAAACAUGAACAAUUACAAAGGAGAAUGGAAAGAAGAGAAAGAACAGAUUUUAAUUUGAAGGAGCGAGAGUUUAAAAGAAAAGAAUUACAACAUAACGCUUGGGCUCAUUUCAGCCGAUGGACUAGAAGGGAAGAAGCAGAUUUUUACAGGACUGUUUCAACAUUUGGUGUUGAGUUCAGCAGAGCUGCUGGCAGGUUUCGUUGGGACAGAUUCCGUGAACAAGCCAGAUUAGACAGAAAGCCAGAUGAAUCUCUGACAGAGUACUUCCAUGCUUUUUACUUCAUGUGUCAGAGGGUCUGUGGGAAAUUGAAACCUGGUGAUAUUCCUCCAAAUAUGAUAUUUGUGGAGCCCAUCACUGAAGAGAGGGCUAGUCGGUGUUUAGCCAGAAUCGACCUUCUUAACAAGAUUCGACAGGAUAUAUUAAUGCAUCCACAUUUAGAGGAGAGGAUUAAACUGUGUCAGCAUUCCUAUGACAUGCCUAGUUGGUGGAUUUGUGGACAGCAUGAUAAGGAGUUGCUGAUUGGCGCUGCUAGGCAUGGUGUUGCUAAAACUGACUUCAAUAUACUUAGGGAUAAAACACUCUCAUUUCAUUUGGUCUUGGAAAAUUCUCUAAGAACAUUGAGAGGUCAUCCUUCCCCCAUGGCUCCAUUGCCUGGUCAUAACCGACCGGAUGCUCCAGGUAACAGUCCUAAACUUGAACAACUAGUCAAGUCUCCACCCCUGGACCAGCAGGAGGUCAGGAAAGACUUGAUUAAGUUUGAAGAAAAUUGCCAGGCUUUAGUCAAGUCAGAAAUAGAUAGCAAAACAAUUAAACAGGAGUCUCUCAAAGAGGAAGCAGAUGAACAUGUUGAUGACAAAGAUACUUCAGAACAUAGUGAAAAGAAAAAAGAUUUGUAUAAGGAUAAAACCCCUUCAGAAAAAGAUUUUGAUAGUGAUAAAACUGAGGAUGAAAGCUGUGUGGAAAAGGAAAGGACUCCAGUUGUAGCUAAAGUGGAUAAUGGCAAUGAAAAAGAGGUCGAUGACUUGGAAGUGAAAAGGAAUGAUGUUAAAGAGAAUGAGAAAGAAAUGAAUGCUGCUUCUGCUGAAACAGAAGCUCUUGUAGAAGACAAAGAGAAAGUGAAAACAGACAAAAAUGCAGCCCUCUCCUGUGAGGUUAAAGAAUCUUCUGAUGAAGACACUCUGGAUGAAUCUGAAAAGGCAGACGAGGUGGAGAAGCCUGUGAAGAUAAAAGCAGCUAUGGCACUAAUCAAGCCUAAAGAGGAGAGCAUAGUUGAUGGGGAGAAAAUAAUGAAAGAGGAAAAGAAAGAUGUUGCUGUUAAGAUGGAGGAGGGCAAAAGUGAGGCCUCAGAUGAGGAUGAAGAGAAACCUGAUUAUGUCAAGUUAAAAGAAAAAAUAAUUAAAACAGAAAUAGAGAGAAUCAAUGAGGAGAGAUUAAAAAGGGAGAGAGAAAUAAAAGGUUCUGAUAAAGAAUCUUUGCCUUUAACUGGUGGACCACCUGGUAUGUUUGCUGAAGACCUUAUGGAAGUAGAAGGUUUGGAACCAGGAGAAAUAGCACCAACUAGAUAUUUUGGACCAGCCGUAGAGUGGCCAAAGGAUCGUGUGAUAUUUCAUCGCUUGGAGCACAUCUGCUACACCAUUGAACAUGGAGAGUGGCCAUUCGCCCGCAGGCCACCAGCAAGCUUUUUCCCUCCUGGCACUCCCACACAUGCAACAGACUCUCGCAGUGAAACUCCAGUUAGCUCUGCCCUGAAAUCUGACAGUGCCACAGGAGCUGACUCUGAUCAAAGCGAGGGCCUGCCCACCUCUGAGCUAACCAAUCAGGUGAACUUGGGUACUGGGUCAGAGGUGACCCCGGAUAGCAAGUUUCUUGUUAACCUGACACCUGAGAGGAGUGAAAGUUUAAAAAUGACAUUCCAUAAGCGAGGACGUGGAAGGGGAAGAAAAUAUGAAAUUGACCCAGACAAAGCUAAUCGCAUUCAACAAUUACUUAACCAGAGUGCAGCUGGUGUAUUGUCCAGUGAUGAGAGCCAGUCUGAUUCCUUGAACACUUUGGGUGUUCAUAGCUCUUCAGCCUCAUCCACACCAUCUGUUCACACCCCACAGAGGCAUUUGCCUACAUCUCCACUUGUAAAAUCUCCUCUGGUGAAAACGUCUACACCAGCCCAUUUACCUCCUCAUCUACCAAGUCUACCUAGUCCUUUGAUUAAUGGCUCAUUAGCUGCAGAUCUUGAACACUCACAGCUGCAAAGGCAUAUGCUAGAGCAAGGCCUGUUCAUCCCAGAACGGAAGAGAAGAGGACGGAGAAGACGUUCAGAAAAAAUUGCUGAAUUAGCCAUGGCAGAAGCCUUAGCCAAAAAAGAACAGUCUAGGAUUUUAUCUCAACUAGAUUCUGAAACAAGAAUUCCAAUGAUCAAUUUGGAAGAUGGCAGUGUUCUGGCAGAUGAGGAAUGCCCCAGGAAGAAAGAUCUAGAUGAUUGGAUGCAGCAGCACCCUGGUUACAUGAUUGACAACAGUAUCAAUCUCUUGGACCCUUUCCUUGCCCAGAUGCAAGCUUCACUCAGCACCAGUAACUUUGGGGCUGCUGUGCGCAGCAGUGGUGGUGGUGGAAGUAGCAGUUCGCCACGAGUACCUAGUGCUCCACCCACUUCUGCAACUCCUGGAAAAGUUGUGGAGGAUGAUGAUGGAAAUCAUGUAGUCCUGAACACACCUGAGAUAGGACCGGAGACCUUUGCUCGACGUAGGGGCCGCAAGCCUCAGCUGGACCCACGUACCCUCAAUCUGGACCGCUUGACCGGGGAGGAGAAUGUGACAGUUGUAGAGAGGGGAUCUGGAAAGAAGAUUACUGGAUCCAAGGCUCCACCUUUGAAACACCUAAAAGAAUGGUUGGAUCAGAAUUCUUCUUUCGAUGUGGAUCCAAAAUGGGGAGAUCUUGUAAGGACAAAGGGUAUCUUGCCAAAGACUAUGGAUAGUCGUAUUUUGAAACCUUCAGGGCGAGGUCGUAAACCCCGUGACUCAAUGCUGCACUCUCAGAUGUUGACAGGUGAGAUGCCUUUCCCACCUGUGUCACUAGCAGCUCUUCAAGCCUAUCAGGGUGCUGCUGCAGCUGCUGGCCUUGUUGGGGGAUUCCCAAAAUUGCCUUUGGGUCUUCCAUUUGGAGCUAUGGCUGGUCUUCCAGGUCUGCCUAAUCCUCUAUUAGGGCUGCAAGGUAUUGGCUUGCCUGGUAUGGGUUUCCCACCUCAUCUUGUGAAAGCCAUGGAAGAAGAGCUGAAGGAAAGGGAGAAGGAACUCAAGGAGCAUCGUGAAAAGGAGGACAGAGCUGGAAACAGUAAAGAUGGAGAAAAGAGCAGCCGUGGCAGGGAUGAAGAGGGUAGGUCUAAAAAGGGUGAUAGCAAAUCAGAACAGUCAUUAUCUACCUCAAGUACUUCCGCUGAGACAGCCCAUCCAUCAUUCCCACCAUUUCUCUUUAACCCGCUGCUGUGCAGUCCUCUGUUUGCAAACUUCCCUCUUCUCCCCCCUGGACUAGUGUUACCACCACACACUGCUCCAUCACCGGUCAAUGGUCAGCCAGAGCCAAGCAACAAAACUGAGUCUUCAGGCAGUGGCAAACUACAUCAUUUCUCACAGCAUUCUCAUCAGAGUCAUCAAGAUAAGAAACGCAAACAGGCUCACACAGACAGUAAAGGACCUUCACCUUCUGCCCCAACUGCUCACAAUGCUGAGGACCUCUCUGUCAAAAGGCGUCAGUCCUCCUCCUCUACAUCUCCCACUUCUCCAACAUUACAAGCUCAGGAUUUGAGUGUGCGAAGAGGGACUGAUAGUAAGCAAUCAACAUCUUCUUCCCAGCCAGCCCAAGAAGAGGCCACAGAUCUAUCAAUGAAGGCCAAGUCUGCUGCCGGUGACAAAGCAUCUCUGCCAUCUUUACUAUCAUCUCCCUCCUCAAACAUGUCCAAGGCUAUCAACUCACCUAACACAUUGUCAACCUCAUCAUCAUCAUCCAGUCUUAAAGUUCCAUGUAAAAAUAAAAUUCAAGGUUCCCUCAAGCUGAACAAAAUUUUAGACUCUCUGAAAGACAGAGUGUUCCGAAAUGACCCCAACAAAGACAAAUCACAAAAUGUGACCCCUGAGGCCAAUGGCAAAGAAACAGAAAAAAACUCUACUAAUAGCUUAGAGAAUCUCUCCCAAGAUGUGGCAGCUGACAAUAAAUAAAGUAAUAGUGCUAUGUUGACAGUGUACAGGAUAGACUAUUUGUUUGACUGUAACUAAUUGAAAGAUAAACUGCAAACCUAAUCAAUUUUGUGUUUGCAUCACAAUUGUGUGUGUGUAUGAUACCAAGAAGCAAUGAACUUUUUAACAAUGUUUUAAAUUAUAGAUAAUGACCUCUUUGUAGUUGACUGUUGUUUUGUAAAUAUUAGAAUCCAGUUGUUUAGACAUACACUCCAAUAGGCCUUUAUGUUACUGCAAGUUAACCCCCCCCCCCCCUUCUUCCCCUUUCCCAACCUCACUGUAUUUCCAAACCACAAGAUGUCCAUAUAAAUUGCCUAGUCAGAAUCAUGUCUCAUACUAUCACCAUAUACCUUCAUCUUUUUGUUUUAUUCUCUGUUAGAUGUCAACUCAUCGCUGCUAUUGGGUCUAUGACUAAAUGUCAUGUCACUGUACAAAGAUAGUCUUAUUUUAUUUUUAUAUACUUAAGGGAUGAAUUUUAAAAAAUUUUUGUAUAAGGAUCAGAUCUAGAUCAAAUUGUGGUUCUUGGAAAAAGAAAUGUAAGAACUAUUACCCCAACCACUGGGGAGACUUAAUAGGCCUCUUUUGAUCCGAAUCCCCUUUCUUUAUAACUUUGCAGCAUGGCAAUCAAUGGAAACAUUAUGAACUUUUAUAUUCAUGUUUGUGUUAGUUCUUUGGGGUGACCAAUUUGUAAAUAUGCUUAAUGUAAGGCCACUUCAUUAGUGGUAUUGCUAAGAACACAAUACAAAGUGUUACUGUGCUCCAGCUGACUGCUGAUGUAGAUAGUUGUAGAGUAUGCUACAGCUUUUCAUGCUCUUCCAUUUCAUGACUGCAUUGUUCAUUGGAUCAUUUUUUGUUCUAUCUCUGGAAAAGCAAUGAAAGUGUCUCACAACUUUUCUCUAUAUUUACUUGUACAUUUUUUUUUAGCUUAUAUUUAGUUGAUUUUUAAUUCAUUGUAUUUUACUUUUUUAAAUUGUAGGUGAUUCUUGAGUUUUCCUUUUUAAACAUGGUGUUUGUUUAUUGGAGGUUCCUGUUGAUGGAACUGAACUAUUGUAGGGAUAACCUAUGUGUAUAAAACGUAUUGCCUAGCUGUUAGAUUUAGUUGGUCACCAGCUCACACUUCUCUUUGUUGAUCCCUAUGCUUCCUCACUGCUGAAUCGGGACUAUCAACCUGAAAAAUAAUUUUACCAAAUGCUAAUUGUUAAAAAAAAUACAAAGGUCUGUGUGUCUUAUGUUGGUUCAGUGUUUCUGACCUCAGUUUAUCUUAUUUGUAGAGAGAUGUUCUCAUUAUUAUUUAUUUUACAAAAAAAUAAAUUCUUUUUCUGUUCAUAUUAUAUUAUCUAAGCAAGGCUUACCAACAAUGACAUGCUACUGAUCAGCAGGAGUUUUAUGAAAGUGUUAGUUACAUCAUUGAAGUGGCCAACAUUCCAGAGGAAGAAAAAGAUAGAUAACAUUGUGACAAUGUUGUGUACAAUGCAGUGCUUCAUAUUCCCUUAUCAUUCACUCUUACACAUACAUAUUUAUGCCAUCAACAACACAAUCAUUAUGUUAAUAAGUAAUAAGAACAAAAUAAAAUAGUUCAGGUCACUCUGGCGUUUCACCCCAUCCCAACUCCCUGUUCAUUUAGCAAUGAUGUGUGUAUAUAGUUUGGUUUGUGAUGUUACUUGAGCUCCUGUAUGAGCACUUUUCAGGGAAACAAUGUACCACUCAGUGGCAUUUAGUAUUGUAGCAGCUAUUGUAGCCAUGUUUCUACACAUAAAUAAUUGACACUGGUCUUGUUAAAUGGUUGUCUUAAUAGUCAUAUUGAUAUGUGCUACACUUGAAAUCUCUUUAGUCACUAUAAAUAAAAAUCAUGUCCACUAAAAACAAAAUUUCCUGUGAGCAACCAAAAUUUAAAUUUUGGCUAUUCUUAUUCAUUGGGGUAUAAAGGCCACCUUUUAUCAUAAUCCCUUCUGACAAACUUUUUUUUUUAGGGCCUCAAAAUUGUAUAGCAUGGCAAUCAUUAAAAGUCUUUAUUUUGGUAGCAUCUUUUCACAGGUACAGAGGAUCAUACUACAUUGCUAGAUUCACUAAUGGGUUUAUAAAUUUUUGCCAGAUAAUAAAUCUGACUUUAUGUUUUGAAUCAAUAAAUGUACUUGCUUUUGUUUAAAAGAAUUACAGGUUAGGUUCAAAAUUAAAAAUCCAUUAUUAGCAUUUCUGCCCUACCACACCAUUCCUUUACAUUGCUCAUAUUUUACAGUUAUAUUUAUUAAGUGGUGUGAGGCUUUUCUCCUUUAAAAAGUUUUAUUAGCAACUUGAUUGUAUUCUGUAGUGUCCUUUUAUUAUUGUUCAUCUUUGCUUUCCUGGUUUUAAGGAUUUUUCUGCAUGUUCAUUACUGGUUUCUAACUUGUCAUGACCCCAUUGUUCAUAUUGAAAGUGACCCACAGUUGCAGAGAGGCUUGAAGGGUAUCAGAAGACUUAGUGAUUUAAAACCACUGAUUUAGAAGUUGAGCAGAUACAAAUUUUCAUGUGUAUAUAUGUAAAGAUAACCAUGUCAUCUAUUCAAAUGAGAUUAAGACAACUUCCUUUCCCAUGCCCAGUAAAACUUUAUAUUUUUAUACAUCUCUUUACAGUUUACUUUCAGAUUCUAAUGAGCUUUUUAUGUUCCUAAUACUGUUUGUGAACCAAAAUGUGUCAAGUGCUUUUGGUGUAAAGAUGUUAUGUCAUGUUAGAACUCACCAUUGUUUGGUCAAUCAGGGGAAAUCACUGUUGAUGAGUUUCACAAGUCCAGCAAUUUAUAAUUCACCUCUUUUUUUUUCUUCAAUCUUUUUAAUCUAGUAUAGUCUUGUUUCUGUUUUUCUCUGGAAAGGUUUUGCCACUUUAUUGUGAAAAAUCUCAGCAAAUAACUUUGAAGCAGCUAUUAUGAAAAUGUAGGCAUGCAAUUUCUUUUUGGUGCAGUUCCCCUGCUCUGUGAUGUGUCACAACUCCAGUUGGAAAGAUUCUUUACAUUGGCUUCAGUGUAAUUACAUCUCACUCCAUUGUCUCCCAUAUCUCUCAAAAUGUUUGUGGCUACACCAUUUGCUCUUAAUCACCUCAAGUUAAGCCAUGCUUUUUUUUUUCUGAAAUCACUUGACUUUUUAUGACAAAUUAUUGUUAAUGUUAUUUUUUAAAAAAUAUGCUAUUUAUUGUUCUAGGUUCAUGUUGAUUUCUGUUUUGUGUAGAUCAUUGUGCAGCAGUGCAACACGUUAAUCCUCAAGGUUUUUUUUUAAUAAAGAUAUCUCAGGGCUGAACUAAUGAUAGCAAUGUUUUGUUUCAUGUACCUGGUUUUUCAUUAUUCCUUUUUGUUCAUUUCAUGGACCUGUCUAUUUUUGUCAUUGUCAAGGAAUUGAUGUAAAUACUUGUAUUUUUGUUCAUAUGAUUGUUUCAAAUGAUCAAGUACUUAGUUAUUUAUAAAAUGAAAAACUAAUGUCCAUUUAGUUCAAAUGGUCAGUUCAUAUCAAACUGUGUGGUGAGGUCACCAUUAACUUAUUGCCAGGCCUCUGUAUGACUUACUUUAUUUGUGCAGAUCAUGAAAUUAGUGUAAUAAAUGUUUCAACAAGUCA